AACCUCGCACCAUACCACCUGCUCUUCUUCUCGACACUGCUCGGCACCGAGCUGUACCAGAGCUUCGUCAUGACCAAAGUGUGCUUCCAGGCGCUGCCGCGGUCGGCCUUCACGACGCUGCAGAAGCGCGUGUUUCCACUCUAUUUCAGGGGUCAGUCGCUGCUGCUCGUCCUGGCGGCCGCCACAGUGCCGCCGCUUGGCCCGCUCUCGCUGGUGCAGCGCAAGGCCGACUGGAUCCCCUUCGCCGUGGCCGGCGCGACCGCCGCCCUAAAUCUCGUGCGCUACGGCCCCAGGGCCCGCCAGGCCAUGAUUGAGCGCGUGCACCAUGAGACACGCGACGGUAGCCGGCGCUCAGAGGGCGACACGGAGGUCAGGCUGGAGAUGCAGAAGCUGAACAGGACGUUUUCAAAGAAUCACGCAAUGAGCAUCCAUCUCAACUUAAUCUCGAUUGGGGCCAUGCUGUUCUACGGCGUGCGGCUGGCGUCUCGUCUAGAUGUG